UAUGGAUUUAUCUCAAACGCUUUUACAGUAAUAGCACCGGUGAUGUCAGAAGGCGAAGUCUGCUUGAUUAUCCGGUAGCCUGUUGCCUGUGAUCAUCAACUUCGCACUUGCAUCUUGGAAGCCUUUGCUCAGCUGCACAGCAAACCCCAGUGCAAGUACAUACAGUGCAUCAGGCAGGAGCUCUGCCAGUGUAGCCGGUAUAUUCCAGCUCAGAAACAUCUCCGGAUACAAGUCCAGAAUAAAAAUGCCGUUACACAGAUGUAGUCUGUUAGCUGACAUUGUCCUCCAGUGAUGUGAAAACUGGAUCAAGAUGACUCUGCUGACAGGAGAAGGUUCUGACUACGACGCUCUCAGCUGUGCCUCAGAUACCUCCAUCAACCAACGUCCCUUCACGGAGAGCGAGGCCGUCAAGGGAACGUUUUACAAAAGAGCACAGCUGAUCUCCCCAGAGAAGGACAUCUACAGCACAGUACAUCCUGGAGACCGGAAGCAUCACGUCAUCAUAAACGUAGGCGGGAUCAAGUAUCUUCUGCCAUGGACCACCUUAGAAGACUUCCCUCUGACCCGACUUGGACAGCUCAAGUUCUGCACCAACUUUGAUGAGAUCAUGAGCCUGUGCGAUGACUACGAUGUGACCUGCAACGAGUUCUUCUUCGACCGGAACCCAGGAGCCUUCCGGACCAUCAUGACCUUCUUGAGGGUAGGAAAGCUGAGGAUGCUCCGCGAGGUGUGCGCCCUGUCAUUCCAAGAAGAGCUGCUCUACUGGGGGAUUGAGGAGGACAGUCUGGACUGGUGCUGCAAGAGGAAGUACCUCCAGAAAAUCGAGGAGUUCAACGAGAUGUACAAGAGGGAGGAGUUGACAGAGACCGAUCAACCAUGCGAGGUCCCGCCAGCGACCAGGCUCGGGCACUGCAUGGGGAAACUCCGAGACAUGGUGGAGAGGCCACAGUCUGGGCUGCCUGGAAAAAUCUUUGCCUGCCUGUCUGUGCUGUUUGUGACAAUCACUGCAGUUAACCUGUCCAUAAGCACCAUGCCAGCUCUGAGAGAAGAAGAAGAGAAUGGCGAGUGUUCACAGAUGUGCUACAACAUUUUCAUUGUGGAGAGUGUCUGCGUGGCUUGGUUUUCCUUAGAAUUCACUCUGCGCUUUAUCCAGGCACGGAGCAAAUUUGAUUUCCUGAAAACACCCCUGAACCUCAUUGACAUCUUUGCCAUCCUACCCUAUUACAUCACCUUGCUGGUCGACAUCACCUCAGCAGACGAUAAAAAGCCGGGGUCUGGCAAUAAUUACCUGGACAAGGUCGGCCUAGUGCUGCGUAUCCUCCGGGCCUUGAGAAUCUUAUACGUGAUGAGACUUGCUAGACACUCCCUGGGCCUUCAGACGCUAGGACUCACAGCGAGACGUUGUACCAGAGAGUUUGGCCUACUACUGCUCUUCCUGUGUGUGGCUAUAGCGCUUUUCUCCCCUCUGUUAUACCUCAUUGAAAAUGAAAUGUCAGGCUCUCAAGACUUCACAAGCAUACCUGCCUGUUACUGGUGGGCCGUGAUCACCAUGACAACGGUAGGUUAUGGAGAUAUGGUUCCCAGGAGCAUUCCUGGCCAGGUGGUGGCCCUAAGCAGCAUUUUGAGUGGAAUACUGCUGAUGGCCUUCCCUGUGACUUCCAUUUUCCAUACUUUUUCUAGGUCCUACAUAGAGCUGAAGCAAAAACAGCAGAGGGAUAUGCGCAGACGAACAAAUUUCCUUUUUAAGACCAAGUCCCAGCUCAGCAACAUUUCUCUGGAGAGUGACAUUCUGUUCCAGAGUGUGUCUUCUGAAAUGAGAGAUAAUGACUGAGAACAAGAACUGUACGUUUAUUUCUUUCUUUAUUUCUUUUUUUGCAUUAAAUUACAGUCAAGCCUCUAAUAUCCUAAAUAAUGUGAACCAGGCAGUGUUGAACGAUCACUGUGAGUGACUAGGGUGAAUUAUUGACAGCUUUAUUAAAUGGCCAUUUAAAAUUCUCAAAACUGAAGAAGCAACUGAUAGUUGAUCAGUGUUUUUAUUUUAAAACUUACUCAUAGCACAAAAUGAUCACUAUUGUUGUUGGGGUUUUUUUGUUUUGUUUUCAGCCAAUGAACCUGUAUGCGCUAACACCAAGCACUUAUAAUGGGUCAGCUGUAACACCUAGCACUUAUAACACUAGGUAACACAAUUUUUGUUCCUGGGUAGUAAGUGUUAUUUCCUAAUUGCUUAUGCCUCAAAAGUAUA